AUGCCAGCACGCCGUGUCUGGAUCGAGAUUAGUGAUGAUGACGAUGAAAAUUAUGAGUACCCAGACUCAGCAGGAAUUGACGACGAAGAAAGUGAAACGUUCUCCGAGACCUCUAUGAAUGAGGACGCGGAUUCAAAUGAGCAAGAUAGCUGUGAUGAGACAUCCUCAUCGGGAAGUGAGAAUUCAGAUUCACACAUAGAUGAUCUUGAUCUUGAUCAGGAAGUUGCAGAGCUCCAGGAUGGCAUGCCAGAAUCCUCAGAUGACGAUGAAGAGGAAGAUUCUCUAGAGCCCGAUGAUACUCUCGCCGAUGAUACAAUUGAGCUUAGGAAAUCUCUUCAAGCCCUUCAGACGAAAGAAGCAUUGCGCAUAGGCUAUCCUCCAGAGUUUUGGGCUUCGACGCCAAUACCAUAUGUCGACGAAGGUUCGGCUUUGGACGAUCUUAUGCUAGCAGCAGGGAAUGAUGCUCCUAUGGACAUAGAUCCUACAGACGAUUUCCCUGACUUUAUCGCUACGGAACUUGACGAUUUCUAUGUCUAUCGAUCACGACGGCAUCCGCACCGCGGUGGCUUUCAAGGGCAAUACGAACGGCUUGACAUUGUCGCGAGUGAGCCUGGACAUCAUCAUUGGGUAUUCUCUGGUGUGGUAAAAGACCGAAAGCAACAAAAACAACGCAUCACAGGCUACGUCCAUGGUAUCAGUAUUAGAAAUAUUGCAGACCUCAGCGCGCACACUACAGCAGGAGCCAUCUGGCUGAGAAGCGAGAUCGGCGAAUGGAAAGAUUGUUGGUAUCAGCUCCAGGAACCCUAUUCGGGCUACCGAAUGUUCUGGGUGGAUUUUCUCUGGCUAUCAGACUUCGGGAAACUCUUCAACGACUACCUUCACGAAUCAUCGAAGCUCAAUAAAUUGGUAACGCUGCGAGACUUUCGGUCUAACUUCUGGACUCAGAUACAAGAGUGGCAUGGGGCUGCUCUUAAUAGUUGGUAUCGACAAAGACAGCGCGACCCGAAACAGACAAGAAAGCCGCUCGAUCUAAGAAAAGAUGUGGCUCUGUACAAGGACUUCCUUCGCCAUCUUGUCUUCACUUCCCGUGGUGAUACUGAGAGCCAAAGACGUCAUCCAGUCUGGGAUGAAAUUGUUGCAUUCGAGGUCGAUCCGCAAAGUACAUCUAAGGAAGAGAAGACCGUUGUCACUAGAAAUGUGGCUAGAUGCUUCCAGGAGACGUUCUCUCACUGGCAAAAGAAGUUUCAACUUCUAGAGGUGGUUGACAUAUCUCCUCAAGUGGAAAUCUUUCGAGAAAGCCGUCGUCGACACUACGGGUUUCCCGAUAAAUUAUCGAACCAGAACGCAGGCUUUUCUGGAGAUUCAGAUUCAGAUAGCAAAAUCUCUCUUGUUGAUCAUUUGUUAGAGAAAGCUGGGAUACAAAAUUCUAGGCAAGUUCGCCUAUACGGUGCUCUCAAGAAUAAAGUCGUUAUAGUUCGCGUCGACAAUGACAAACGAAAUGAAGUCGACUUUUGUUAUGCGUGGGUCAGAGAAACUAUAUCACCGACAAAAAUCCGCGUUGUGUGGCUUGUUCGCCCAUUCGAAACACUUUGCGGAGAUGGGUUCUAUCCUCGAGGAAAUGAGCUCUUCUUUAGCUCUAGGUGCAAUUGCGAGCCUGUUUCUAUCCAUGACGUGGUGGAGACCAUAAAUGCAUCAAUAUUCAGUGGCCAAGUAACUGAUGAUACUAAGUUAUUUGUCCAUGGUCUCUUCAACGAAGCUCAGCAAGUCCAUUUAACUGCAGAUCCAACGAAUGUGGUCUGUCAUUGUCAGGACGAAUCCUACGAAGAUCCAAGAGAAGCGGCUAAGCAAUAUCUACCUCACGAUUCCUCACAGAAUACACUACCGAAGCUAAAGGCCUUAUCUCUAUUUAGCGGCGCGGGUCUACUUGCUUGGUCGAUGGCGAGGAGUGGAUAUAUCCAAACUGUGGUUGCGAUUGAGCAGUCGAAGCUAGCAGCUGCUACUUUUAAGGCUAACGAUGAGCUCGACCAGGUGGAGGUAAAGCACGCUUCUGUUAAUCCUUGUCUUGCUGCGGAUUUGCAGAGCAAUAAGUCGCUCAAAAAUUUUGAUCUAAUCGAUGCGGGGACUUCCUGUAAAGGUUUCUCACUACUGAACGCCCUCCAGUCAUCGAAGAAUUCCCAGCAGCAGCAGUCACUUCUUGCAAAUACACUCUCAUGGUUCGAACUCUAUCUGCCAAUUUACGGGAUAAUUGAGAAUGUACCAAACAUGGAUAGCGGUUCCCCAGGCUUAAAUCCGUGUGAGCAAGCAAUUUGCGUCCUGGUAGCUCUCGGUUACCAAGUACGCAAGAUGACAAUUACAGCAUCAACGUUAGGCGGUGCUUCAUCACGCAAAAGGUUGAUUAUCAUGGUCGCUGCACCUUACGCUGAAUUGCCAGAUGAUGUCGCCGAGACUCAUAGUGAGAUGGGUAUGCCCCGGACAAGGACUUGUAAGGAUGUUAUCUCUGGUUUAAGUCCCAUCAAAAACGACACAACUCUCAAUAUUGCCGAUCCAUACCAUGUACCCUUGCAUCGAUUUGGAAUCAAUUGGUCGAAAGGUGUAAAUCUGCGCGAUGUCGUCGAGAGAAUCCCGUCAGAGCCACCAGGACUUGGUCUCGCACAGACGGCAGGAAUGGGUCUAUUAUCCCGAUCUCAGAAGACAUGGUUCCAAGGGCUUACUGACUGGCAGAGGGACCCCAAGAAGAAGACCUUACGCAGGAUCAACAGGAACAAACCGUUCCACACUAUGACCACUCAUAUCGACCCGUUGGAUGCUAAACAUAGCGGGCAAUUUCUCCAUUACGAGCAACACCGCACCAUCUCCUCGAAAGAAGCAGGAAUGGCGAUGGACACCCCCAACGAUUUCCUAAUUAUGGGAACCAUCAAGCAGCAUUACAAACAACAAGGCAAUGGAGUCGCCUGGUCGCGCCCGGAGCUGGCUAGCCCACCCACCGAGAAGAAAAUAGUAUCUUACUCUACGACGAAUGUUACUCCUUCCAAUGUCCCAUCACCUCACUACAUGCAACGAGCAGCACCCAUAUCAGCUGAAUCAACCGCCACACCGCCCGCACUCCACAAGGCGGUCGAUAUCGGUUAUAAAAACUCGACACUGCGGACCAGUAGGAAGAGACAACGACCUGCUUAUGUUGACGAAGAUGACUCGGACAUCGAGUUCAUAGGUUCAACGCCAGUCCGAAAGCAGGUUGAUCAAAAACGAAGAGAUGGUUGA